CGAAUAAAAACAAGAGUUGAGCACAACUUGGACAUCCGGACUCGAUCGUCGUGCAAACUGUUGCUUCUGUUAGGGGCUGUUAUUCUCGGGAGCACCGCCGCACCCCCUCUCUCCCCUCUCCCCUCCGGUCCUCUCCUCUCUCCCCCCUCUUUCUGUCGGGAGAGCCCCGGUUAGGAAAAGUGGAUGUGAAGGACAUAAUGACGUGUGACGGCCACCAGCCCGACCAGCGGGGGUUCACCUCACCGCUCCCCUCCUCACAGUGUCAGCAUGCACGAAACGCUGCCUGCUGCGAUCACCGGUUCUGAUCGAGCCUCGGCGCCGCUUCUCCAUGAUCUUUCUGGAUUCAUAAAUCACACCUUUUUUAUUUCAACACAUCCAUUCUCCCACUUCUUCUGCUGCUGUUGGUAACAACAUGGACCAACAUAGACACACAAGCUCCAACGCUCUGCAAAAUUUUGGAGUCCUCCUCCGGAUCUUCUCGGUCAACCAUUUAAUGGCCUUUGACUGAAGUGGGAGGCAGUGAACUGAGCAGGUAUGGUGGUGCCCCUCAGCAAGCUGCACUGCCUCUUGAAGAGAGCCCAGAUGCUGCUGCUCUGCCUGGGCAUCGCCUACCUGAUGGCAGGCAGCAUCCUCCUCCUGCAGCGCUCCACCAUCCGGGCGGCUCAGCCCAACCCCCCCAGCCUGCCGCCCCUGCUGUCUCUCGUCGCGCCUCCCGCUGCCCUGGGGACGGCGGGCAUGGGCAUGAGGGCGCGUUCCAGAUGGGCCGCCGUUCAGGCCGUAUCCAGCGGGGGAGUCAAAGCGUCGCGAAGCUGGCCCGGCUCCCGCGGCCUGGGGGUCCAACACUUACACCGCCGCUGGUUUCACAGUCUGCUGCCAGAGAGUCCGGAGCAGAAAGUGCCUCUGCACAGGAGCAGCAGACACAAAGGAACCUACAUGGGCUGCUUCCUGCAUAACGCCAGCGAUCGAGCCCUGGGCGGAACCAUGCUUUAUGACCUGCGCAAAAUGACCAGCUCCCUGUGCCAGGACACCUGCUCGGAAAGUGGAUACCAGUUUGCAGGUCUGGAAUACGGCGCUGAAUGUCACUGUGGGAACCGGAUCAGCAGCCCGCAGGCUCCGGAGGAGGACUGCAGCCUGGUGUGCCGGGGCGAGAGGGGGUCUCCCUGUGGCGGCGUGGGCCGUCUCUCCAUUUACAAGGUGGAGGAGCAGCUGCCAGGUCACAGAAAAUUCAGAAACGUUCACCACCGCGGCUGCUUCAAGCUGACGAACGGCACCGUCGGCGCCUUCCCGAUCCACUCCGUUCAGCCCAACCUCACCACUCAGUCCUGCAUCGAGACGUGCACCGAUAAGGAGCUCCCCCUGGCUGUGUUGAAGAGACCCCACUGUUUCUGCACGUGGACGUCGUCUCUCUUCAACAUCAACCAGCAGGCGGACAAGCAGCAGUGCGCCGACAGCGGCGCCCCGAACCGCACGGCAACAUCCGGGGCCACGGCACCGCCAGAGAGCGGCCACUACCAGGUGUAUCACACUCCCGUCCUCGACUCCAGGUGCAAAGAGAGAAUGUUUCUGCCUCAGAGAUCCUCCUCCCUGGUGGCGCUCUCCAGUUUUCCGGGCGCGGGCAACACCUGGGUCCGACACCUGAUUGAACUCGUGACCGGCUACUACACCGGCAGCUUCUAUUUCGAUGGCAGUCUCUACAACAGAGGCUUCAAAGGGGAGAAGGAUUACUGGAAGAGCGGCCGCAGCAUCUGUGUGAAGACGCACGAAAGUGGCCAGAAAGAAAUCGAGAUGUUCGAUUCUGCAAUCUUGCUGAUUCGAAAUCCUUACCGCUCUCUAAUAGCUGAAUUCAACCGCAAGUGUGCCGGACAUCUGGGCCACGCCACCGAGGCGCAGUGGGACAGCAAAGAGUGGCCAGAAUUUGUCUCCAGCUACGCCCCCUGGUGGGCCUCCCACGCUCUGAGCUGGCUGAAGUUUGGACAGCGCCUCCUGGUGGUGCACUACGAGGAGCUGCAGAGAGCCCUGUUCCCCCAGCUGCGACUAGUCGCUGCUUUCCUAAACGUCUCCAUCACCGAGGAGAGGCUGCUGUGCGCGCAGAGCAACCAGGACGGCCACUUCAAGCGUCCCGGUGCCCAGAGGCCCUCCUUUGACCCGUUCACUCCUGACAUGAGGCGCAUGAUCGACUCCUUCAUUCUCACGGUUGACCAGGCGCUUCAGAGCAGGAACUUUAGUGGUCUUCCACAGGAGUACCUCCCCAGAUGAUGGUGGGUAGACUCUGGAAUGACUGCGUCACACUUGGUCUGAGGGGACGAAGGUUUGCAGCUCGUUCUCAGCAGGAAGCAGGACUGGAUCGGCUGAUGAAAGUGGACCGAGUGACUCUUUGACAAGCCGGGUCACAAAACAAAACAAACAAAAAAACAUGACGGCACACUGAGAAAUCCAACGGAGAGUAGUUGUUGAAAAGUACAAGGCCUUGACCUUUUCACUCGAGAGAAGAUUCGACAUGAACUGUUGACCUGAAGAAGGGUCAGGGUAAGCAUUGUUCCCCACUGCCAGACUAUGGACGUGCUCAUGCAGGUUCAACCCACAUCCCCGUGUUCGCCAGCAUAUACAGUUAUACUAACACACAGAGGAGAAAGACUGAAUUUCCAGACAGAGGAAAAUGCCUCAAAAAUGUCACAUGUGAUUGUACGGACUCUCUGAGGGAGACGAGAUCGGCCGAUCACAAACUGUGAAUUUCUAUGGAGAUUUGAUGUCAUUAAAGAUCUGAAGCGAG